GGCAGUGGCGGCUGCGGCCCCGGGCGCGGAGCGAGUGCCCGGCGCGGAGAGCUGCGAGCGCAGCCAUGCCCCAGGCCGCCUCUGGGGCAGCAGCAGCGGCGGCCGGGGCCGGGGGCGCCGGGGGGCCGGCGGCGGCCCGGGCGGGACGAUGAAGCGGCAGAACGUGCGCACGCUGGCGCUCAUCGUGUGCACCUUCACCUACCUGCUGGUGGGCGCCGCGGUCUUCGACGCGCUGGAGUCGGAGCCAGAGCUGAUCGAGCGGCAGCGGCUGGAGCUGCGGCAGCAGGAGCUGCGGGAGCGCUACAACCUCAGCCAGGGCGGCUACGAGGAGCUGGAGCGCGUCGUGCUGCGCCUCAAGCCGCACAAGGCCGGCGUGCAGUGGCGCUUCGCCGGCUCCUUCUACUUCGCCAUCACCGUCAUCACCACCAUCGGCUACGGGCACGCGGCGCCCAGCACAGAUGGCGGCAAGGUGUUCUGCAUGUUCUACGCGCUGCUGGGCAUCCCGCUCACGCUCGUCAUGUUCCAGAGCCUGGGCGAGCGCAUCAACACCUUGGUGAGGUACCUGCUGCACCGUGCCAAGAAGGGGCUGGGCAUGCGGCGCGCAGACGUGUCCAUGGCCAACAUGGUGCUCAUCGGCUUCUUCUCGUGCAUCAGCACGCUGUGCAUCGGCGCCGCCGCCUUCUCCCACUACGAGCACUGGACCUUCUUCCAGGCCUACUACUACUGCUUCAUCACGCUCACCACCAUCGGCUUCGGCGACUACGUGGCGCUGCAGAAGGACCAGGCCCUGCAGACGCAGCCGCAGUACGUGGCCUUCAGCUUCGUCUACAUCCUCACGGGCCUCACGGUCAUAGGCGCCUUCCUCAACCUCGUGGUGCUGCGCUUCAUGACCAUGAACGCCGAGGACGAGAAGCGCGACGCCGAGCACCGCGCGCUGCUCACCCGCAACGGGCAGGCGGGCUGCGGCGGCGGCGGCGGCAGCGCGCACACCACGGAUACCGCCUCGUCCAUGGCAGCGGCGGGCAGCGGCGGCUUCCGCAACGUCUACGCGGAGGUGCUGCACUUCCAGUCCAUGUGCUCGUGCCUGUGGUACAAGAGCCGCGAGAAGCUGCAGUACUCCAUCCCCAUGAUCAUCCCGCGGGACCUCUCCACGUCCGACACGUGCGUGGAGCAGAGCCACUCUUCGCCGGGAGGGGGCGGCCGCUACAGCGACACGCCCUCGCGACGCUGCCUGUGCAGCGGGGCGCCGCGCUCCGCCAUCAGCUCGGUGUCCACGGGCCUGCACAGCCUGUCCACCUUCCGCGGCCUCAUGAAGCGCAGGAGCUCCGUGUGACCGCCCCGGGGGGCCUGGAGCGCCUGGGGGCGCGGGCUGGGGACCCCUGCCGGGCGGACCUGCUGCUGUCGGCCAGGAGACUGCCCCCGCCGCCUUCUGCCCAGUGGGACCCCCCACAACAUCCCUCACCACUCUCCCCCAGUGCCCCCAUCUCCGACUGUGCCUGCUUGCACCAGCCGGCAGGAGGCCGGGCUCUGAGGACCCCUGGGGCCCCCAUCCGAGCCCUGCAAAUUCCGAGAAAUGUGAAACUUGGUGGAGUCAAGGAGGGAAGGCAAAAGCUGGGAGCCUCCCUUCCCUUUGAAAAUCUAAGAAGCUCCCAGUCCUCAGAGACCCUGCUGGUACCCAGACCCCCACCUCCGGAGGGGACUCCAUGUUCCGUGUACGUUUGCAUCUCUAUUUAUACCUCUGUCCUGCUAGCUCUCCCA